GGAGGCGCCGGCACCGCACCUUGCCUCCGUACUCGUUCUCAGCGUACUCGCUCUCUAGACCCCCUCACAUCCUAGACUCAAUCUAUAUCCACAAUGUCGACUGACAACGAGUACUCUGAUCAGGAUUACUACGAUGAGGAUGAGGAUGUCCUUCUGGACGACGCCGAAGAUGAGUCGGCCUCGGAAAUGGACAUUGAUGCCUUCGAUGCGGACUACAAGCCAUCCGGCAAAGGCAAACACAAGGUUUAUGAGGUGGAAUAUGAGUCGCUCAGUCAGGGGGACAUCGAGAAGAUGAUGAAGGACGAUGUCAACAACAUCAGUGGAAUCUUCGGAGUUGACGGCGAUAGUGCUAGCUUACUUCUGAGACAUUUCGAGUGGAACAAGGAGAAGCUCAUCGAGAAGUUCAUGGACAACGCCGCGACAGUGAACGCAGCUGCAGGUAUAUCCGCCCCCGAGAAGCCACAAUCCGAGCCCUCGCAGCCUUCCGGCAAUGCCUCCCCGCUCGUGUGCAACCACAAGUUCUGCACGAGUUGCUGGAAUGCGUAUAUCACGAGCAAGAUCAGGACCGAGGCCGAGCAGUGGAUAACGUGCAUGGCCGAGGACUGCAAGACUGUCGCGCCCAAUAGCUUUGUCCAGACCAGUCUCCAGAGCGAAAUGAAGACGUGGCAACGCUUCCAAGAGCUACUCGUGCGACACUUUGUAUCUUGCAACCACAACCUCAAGUACUGCCCUUAUCCGUCCUGCACGUACACCGUCUCCUGCCCGAGCGCGGCAUCUAAGUCUUCGCUGACGCAGAUUGUACCCGUUGUCGUCUGUGGUGCCUCCUCGACGCACAAGUUCUGUUUUGGCUGCAACAUCGACGAUGACCACCGACCGGUCGUGUGCGGCGUCGCGCGACUGUGGCUACAGAAGUGCCAAGACGAUUCCGAGACCGCCAACUGGAUCAAGAGCAACACUAAGGAAUGCUCGAAGUGCCAGAGCACCAUAGAAAAGAAUGGAGGGUGCAACCACAUGACGUGUAAGAAAUGCAAGUAUGAAUUCUGUUGGGUUUGCAUGGGACCAUGGUCCGAACACGGAACUGCAUGGUACUCCUGCAAUCGGUACGAUGAGAAGGCCAGUGUCGACGCCCGCGAUGCUCAGUCCAAGAGCCGUGCUUCGCUUGAGCGGUAUCUUCAUUACUACAAUCGUUGGGCCAACCACGAACAGUCGGCGAAGCUGUCCGUAGAGCUGCACGCGAAGACGGAGAAGAAGAUGGAGGAGAUGCAGAUGAGUUCGGAUCUCACUUGGAUAGAAGUGCAGUUCAUGAAGAAGGCGGUCGACGAGGUCUUCAAGUGCCGUAUGACUCUCAAAUGGACGUAUGCUAUGGCCUACUACCUCGAGAGCGGCAACCAGAAAGAGCUCUUCGAAGAUAACCAGAGGGACCUGGAACGGGCAGUUGAGGAGCUUUCCGAGCUCAUCGAGCAGCCUCUUGACCCGGAAAUCGUUCCGUCGUUGCGACAGAAAGUCACUGACAAGACUGUCUAUGUUCAGAAGCGCAAUGAAAUUGUGCUCGAAGACACGGCGAAGGGUUUCCUGGAAGGCCGCUGGAGUUGGAACGCCCCCGUGGAGGGCUUUGAUUGAUCGUCCUCGCGCUACGUCUGCACCUGGAUAAUCCCCCAUGGCGAUGUGACUACGAACCCCACUGUAUACUAAUCUGCACCAUCCACACUCAUUGUACUCUCUACUCCACACAGCCCGAUGUGUACGGCCUCCCUUGGUCUAACAAGCAUAGUCGGAAUAUCACAAAAUUUUUUGCCAAGCUUGCAGAGUUGGUGCGCGCGCGGCCGGAGGCCUGUCCACCAUCAAUCGCGCGGCGUGAGGAAAGAUGGUGCUUACCCAUGUCCUGGCCAUUGUCGGCUCUGGUCCACAGUCCGCAAGUGAAGCCCGUCGUCUACAUUUUCUGAAGCUCGUCUGGCGGAAGGUUUGGGGCAGAGCAGCUUCCGCAGCCUAAAGGUCCGUCACCG